UUCAUCAAACUUCGUCCUCUCCCCCGUUUCUCUUCCGUGAGAAAGAGCCGGAGAUUUGUACCAAUAUCCGCUUCUUCUGCCUCGAAUUCCUUCUCCCGUUCAUACAAAUCAAUGGUUCCAUGGCACCAGUUAUGGUGAUUUCUUCACACCAUAAUGGUUUCGAUCGUUUUCAUUGCGUAAUGGCGCUUUGAAUCAAUUUUGAGCUGUGGUUUGGGAUUAGGGUUGGCCUGAUCGGCCAGUGGGAGAUAUGUACAGGAGCGGGAACGGAUCCAAGGUGGAGGCUGGAUCCUUGGAUCGGAAGCGGAUCAAUGAUGCGCUCGACAAGCACCUAGAGAAGUCCUUGCCGUCGGCCUCAAGAGGCUUGGUUGGCAAGGAUAAAGACAGGCUCCCACUAGCCUCUUCAGCCUCCGGGAAGCAGCCGGAACACCUUUCCGUCCCAAAAAACAAGGGUUCCGACGAAGAGUCAGAAACAGAUAGUGAAGAAUCUGAUAUCAAUGGUUCUGACGGGGAAGACACAUCUUGGAUUUCAUGGUUCUGUAAUCUAAGGGGGAAUGAAUUUUUCUGUGAAGUUGAUGAAGAAUACAUUCAAGAUGAUUUCAACCUAUGUGGAAUAAGUAGUCAAGUUCCUUAUUAUGAUUUUGCUCUUGAUCUGAUCUUGGAUAUCGAGUCUUCUCAUGGAGACAUGUUUACUGAGGAACAAAAUGAGUUAGUUGAAUCAGCAGCAGAGAUGCUCUAUGGCUUGAUACAUGUUCGAUAUAUAUUAACUAGUAAAGGGAUGGUUGCCAUGCUAGAGAAAUACAAGAACUAUGAUUUUGGAAGAUGCCCUCGAGUUUACUGUAGUGGUCAACCCUGUCUUCCUGUUGGGCAAUCAGACAUUCCUCGAUCAAGCACUGUGAAGAUUUAUUGUCCUAAAUGUGAAGACGUAUACUAUCCAAGAUCGAAGUACCAAGGCAAUAUUGAUGGAGCUCACUUUGGGACAACGUUCCCUCACUUGUUUCUGAUGACAUACGGGCACCUCAAGCCGCAAAAGCCAUCUCAACGGUACGUUCCAAGGGUUUUUGGCUUCAAACUUCACAGGCCAUGAGGAACAAGUCAGGCAGCAAGAUGAAUCAUAUAGUAAACUCCUGACUUCAACCAGCAUCAACUAUUCUCUCCAUGAUUUAGGGUAUUUACUUUGUUGAGUUGCCCUAUCACAGCAUCAUUCCGCUUGCAUCUUAGUCCUGUUAAAGCUACCGAACGACUAUAACAUCGUAUGGUUUAUUUAUUCUAUGGUUUGCCAUAUA